AUGCUGGUUGACGGCUGCUUGAUCAGGGUGACACAUUAUUCCAUUGCUGUGCUGGUCUAUAUAAUGCCAAGUAGUGCGGCCCUGUCUCCAAGUAAUACAACGACACUAGAAUCGACCACAACCAUGGUGGAGGCAAAGAAAUUAGCUUUAACUAUACUCGGCAUUUACGUGGUGAUCGUGGCUAACAUUGGAAUUGUGAACGGAAAUAUAGUGACAACGACCUUGGAUCCCUUGGUAUCUGAUGUGGAACCGGUGGUUACAACCGAACCAGCAUUGAGUGAACCUGUAACAAGUGAUGAUGCUGGAGAUCUAAACACGCUUGAACCUGUAGUGACAACAACAACAGCUGAGGGUGUUACUGAGUGUGUUUGCGAUUGUCGUAACCAAGGACGUGAAUGCGAUAAUACAACAACGAAUCCUAAUGCAGAUGUACCAGCAGCAACAACUGAAGCAAACGUCGAAAAUGAUGCAUCGACAACUGGUCCAAAGGAAGAAAACAAUAUUACCUCACCACCGGAAGCAACUAGCACGACUGCUCCACCCCCGCCACCAUGCAAUACACCUGGUGUUGAGGUAGAUCCAUCUGACUGUCGCCUUUAUCGUGAUUGUACUGCAACAGGCUCGGCAGAUGGCAGUUUCCAUUUGCUAACGAAGUUUUGUGCUUCAAACGAAGCUUUUAAUGUCAAGUUGGGACGUUGCAGUCGUGACAUUUCGUCAUGUUCAAAUGAGGUAGUUUGUCAAGUCAAGGGUGGGGUGGCAGAUCCUCUCAGCAACACAUCGUACUAUCUGUGCGAACCUCGUUUGAUUGGUGGUGGUUUUCAUGUCUUCCAUGUUCAAUGUUCGGCCAACCAAAUAUUCUACCCCCUGUUGGGAAAAUGUUUCCUGGAUUUGGAGAAUUUGCCCGCAGUCCCCGUUUAUCCCGGCUUUCCUCCAUACUAUUGGAAUCCGAUCGAAGAUAUUGACAUCGUCAAGGCAGAACUGAAACUAAUUAAGGAACAGGAUAAGCUCACAUUGAAAUUGGAGAAGGAACUUCUGAAGGCUGAGAAGAAGCGGCAAAAAGAGUUGCAAAAAGAAGCCGAGCAAAGGGCUAAACAAGAAGAAAAAUUGAAAAAGGAAUUGUUGAAACAAGAGAGCGCCACUUUUGUAUGUCCUCAGGAUGGCACCUACCCGUCAACCGUUAGUGAGACAGCUUACUUUGUUUGUGUCAGCAAGAAGGAUAAGUCUAAGGUUAGUGUGGUCCAAUGUCCAGUUGGUUCGAAAUACAAUGCUGACAUUGGUUUUUGUGCAAUUGAUAACACGCUGCUUAACCAAGCAUUGAAUAACGCCAGUGUCGAUGAUGAUGACGACGAUGAAGACGAUGAUUAA